UAUGGUGGUGUGGUCGAGAUUCACGUGGGAUGCAAAAUAUUCCUUUUAGCUCGAUUUAAGAAGAGUGAGUUCAAUCAGAACUCACACCUAUUAACAUAAGCAAGGCAGCUACACAUCCAACCUUCAUUAAUCUUCUCAAACAUAGUAAAAUAAUGUUGCUUCCUUUGGUACUUGUAAUGAUGACAAUGAUCUCAUGCUUGGAAGCUGUUGGAACAAACAAUAACAACAAUCUCAUGAAUAUGGUCAUAAAAACUCAAACCUUUUUAUCUCCAUCAUUCACCAUGACACCUGGUUUAGUAAUCGAGAAAUUCUUCUACAAUAUCAACUUCCCAAAAUCCCACAUUGCCAUAAAAAGCUUUCAUGUUGAAGUUGUAGAUGAAUCAGGCAAUCAAAUCCCACUUCCACAAACUUACCUUCAUCACUGGGUACUUGUGAGAUAUUACCAACACAAAAAUGCAACAAACCCAACAAUAAAUACUAGCUAUAACGAGCUUCAAGAACCAAACUUUAUCAUUGCUAGCAACAGUGGAGUCUGUGAACGGAACAUUUUACCGGCCUACUACGCCAUGGGAUCCGAAUCAAGAAAACUAUCCACAUUUCUUCCACACCCAUAUGGAAUUGAAGUUGGGAAUCCAAAAGAAAUUCCCACAGAUUAUGAAGAGAGGUGGAGUCUCAAUGUUCAUGCCAUUGAUACAAGAGGAGCAGAGAACAAGUUGGGAUGUAUCGAGUGUCAUUGCCAUUUGUAUAAUAUUACAAAAGAUCGAUCUGGAAGGCCAUUAACGGAAGAUUAUAAAGGAGGUUUGAGAUGUUGUUAUGAUAAAACAAAGUGUAGAGUGAAUGUAUUAAGUGAUGGAGAAGAUUUUCAAGAAAGGAAUUUGUUUGUGAGAUAUAGAGUGAAGUGGGUGGAUUGGAAUGAUUUUGUGAUUCCUGUCAAAAUUUAUUUAUUUGAUGUUACUGAUACUCCGAAGCCAUUGUCAGACUCAACGGAAGCUUCUCAACAACAUCAUUGUCUGAUUGAGUAUGAUGUAGAAGCAGAGUUUUGCUCCCUCAAAAAUAAGCUUGAUGAUGAUAAAUGUAAUGCUGUGAAAAAGUCGAAGGUAAUGUUUCCAUCAAGUGGGUAUCUCAUCUAUGGAGUGGCUCACCAACACAUUGGUGCAACUGGUGCAACAUUUUACGGACAGGAUGGAAGAGUUUUAUGCUCUUCAUCUCCAAUUCAUGGGAAAGAAAAUGAGGAAGGAUAUGUGAUUGGAAUGACAACUUGUUAUCCAAAGCCAGGUUCAAUCAAGAUCAACAAAGGAGAAAUGGUAACUUUUGUAUCCAAUUAUAGUUCCACACUGACCCACAGAGGAGUUAUGGGUAUCUUUCACAUUAUUGUUGCUGACAGAAUAUUCAAACCAUCAUCGACACUUUCGGAAGAAGUUGGCAAUAACAACACCAUCGUCAUGUUAUGAUCUAAAAGCUUAGUUUGUACUGUUGUAGCUUUUUGAAUAAGUGAUCUAUAGUAUGAAGUAAAUUAGUAUUUGGUAAAUCUACAGUUUUUAGAUAUUAAAAAGUGGACGUUUUACAACUGUUUACUAUAUAUAUAAAUACUAGCUAGAUUAUAGAUUAUUGUAUUUUGCUUAGAGUUCUAUCAAAAAAACUAACCAGGCCUUUCAGAA